GAUUCUUCUCCAAAUUACGUUGGUGCGCGUGUGAUUCCGCUCUGAAAGGUUUUGUGAGGUGCAAAAAGGCGAAACAUCUCCCUCAGAGAUGCUUCGCCGCGCUGCAAUCAGCCUCCGGGGCUACGCACAGGUUCGCCCGGGUAAAACAGCCGUGGGUGCCCCCUCCAUGCAGAGUCAGAGGAUCAAACAUCCCGUCGAGACGGAUCCCGUGAAAUUGGCCACGUACUGCUGCGGCUCGAACAUCAAGCAAACCGGAGAGGAUGUGAAGCUCGGCGCUGACGAAGACUAUCCCCAGUGGCUGUGGGAGAUGCACCUUGGACGCCCUCUUGACCCACACGAAUUAAGCCCGGAAACCGAGGAAUAUUGGGCGCGGGUACACAAGUUGGCUUGUCUUCAUCAAGGCCGCCUGAGAUCGAAGGCUACGAAAGAAGAGAUGCGAAUCAAUGAGAAGCACAAGCUCGCGCUACUCGCGAAAGUCGUCCACAGAGCACUCGCCUUCAAGCAUCACGAUCCUGGUUAUGACCUAGAUAGGGGCGCAAGAGAGCGGUAUAGGAAAUAUGGACCCCUAGCAUGAGCUCAGUGUUUUCGGUGUGUUGCAAAUAAAAGCGAGCCCUAGCUGUUUCGUA